AUGUAUUGGCCUACCGGUUGCCCGGAGAGGAUUCACCUCUCGCCCUCAGGACUUCACCAAUCUGCUACCUUUCUCCGCUUCGACAAGGAUGCAGCACAGCAGCUGCCUACUACAUCAGCAGGUCAACAAGAUGGCGCGGACGAGCAGAUCAUCCACAUCGCGCGCUCCCGCAACGGCAUGAUGUGGGCUGCCCUUAGCACAACAACCAUCUCAAUAUGGUCAUCACGUCCCGCGCAAGUCGUCGCCGCCCUCAUCCGCACGCCACAGAGCAUCGCCGACUACGGAAACAACACGCGCGUCGAAUGGCGUCCAGAUGGGAAUGCACUCCUUGUCCAGACGGAUCGCAGCUUCCUUCUGCUCUAUACACUCGUCUAUCCGCGACAAGGCUCGUCGAUCUAUAGCUACAUCCCUCCUUCAGGUUCAGGGUCUCGUUCGCAGACAGAUGAGCUGCUUGCGCCGAAUCCGAGAUCGUUGAGGAAUGCUUUUGCUCCUGGAGCAGGCGAAAGUGCAGCCGCAGGUGACUUGGGUCUAGGUGGUCUGGCGGGAGAAGCUUGCGAGCUUCGAUUUCGCCUUGUGCUCCGCAUCGAUGCAGGUCUGCGUUCUGCAACUUCGACCGAGACGCACAUGCUUGUCAGCACCACGUCGCCUCCCGCCCUUCAAUGCAUUCGCUGGCCGAACGACGAUCCAGAUGCUCGGCAGCCCGAUCCCAAUGAUCCUUUGGUUCGCACCCGCACAACUUUGACUGAGCAGCUGGACUGGUUCUUGAUAGCGGAGAAUCAGACAGAAGACGCAGACGCAAGGACAAGCUCAGUGGAGAUCAGUCAAGUGACCUAUUCUCGGCCGAUGGACGUCUUUGUCUGGCUCACAUCGGAUGGCCGGGCCUACGUCGCAAAUCUCGACCUGCUGGUGGACGACCCGGUCCCAUGGACAGGUCGAUGCUUCCACGGCGCGGCGAAGCAGCCGAAAAGGCGGUCUUCUACCAUCGAACGCACAGCCGUUCCACCUGCUCAGCCCGCACCGGGCCUGGCCAAACAGGCGACUGAGGAAAAGGAGACGGCAGCUGCUCACACCGCAAACGGCAUCUCUUCCGACAACAAUCGUGGCUCAGUCGAAGGAGACUCGGCCGUUCCGAAGGGCGAUGCCAACGGAAGCAUCCCAGUCUCACCGAUACCUGCGGAUCUGCCACCAGAGCAGCGUGCCACAAGUGUCUCGAUCAACGCCAAGUUCAGUCUCAUCGCUCUCGGACUGGCUGACGGCACCGUAGCAGUGUAUCACUAUCGCGCUCCGGGCCGAACACCUUUGCUUUCGCAAACCUUAUCCAUCCGAGAAGCGCUGAAAUCCACGGCCAGCUAUCUCACCACAGGCGCAGUCCGCUCUCUGGCAUGGACUAGCGAUGGGUACGCGCUCGCCGUUGGCUGGCAGAAAGGCCUUUCAAUCUGGUCGACUUACGGCAAGCUCAUGGGCUGCACUCUGCGCGAAGAUUGGGAGCUGGCUUCCAAAAACUUCUCCGACGCCUUCAUGUUUGGCACCCGCGAUCUCUUCUGGGGGCCCGGCAACACGGAGCUCUUCCUCCUCGCCCUGCCCAAGCAUGACGCACCUGCGCCACUGAAAGCCGACAAUCAGCUGUUCAUCCUCCCUUUCUCCAAAUCCGCCGUUGCAGGGCAGCACUCUCCGGACAAUACCCGCUUCGCCUUCUACCAGACUGACGACAGCCUUCACGUUUACCGCGGCGCAGACCAGAACGACCUCACCGCCAUCACGCCCGAGUCAGACGUGUGGCAGCACAUCAAGAUACCCCAGCCCUAUCUGGCCGCCAAUUGGCCCGUCCGGUACGCCGCCAUUAGCAGCGACGGCAACCUCAUCGCCGUAGCAGGCCGGCGCGGCUUAGCACACUACUCGAGCACAUCUGGCCGCUGGAAGCUGCACAAGAGCGUCGCGCAGGAACAAUCGUUUGUCGUGCGCGGCGGCAUGCAGUGGUUCCAGCACGUGCUGAUCGCAGCUUGCGACUCGGGAGGCGAGUAUCAGUUGAGAUUGUACUCGCGCGAUGCAGAGCUGGAUUCGUCGCAUCUGCUCGAUCUGCGCGUGCUGCCCAGCCCGGUGGUCCUAACGAGCUUGUUCGACAACAGCCUUCUCGUGUACACGGCGGACAACACGUUCUACCAUUUCCUCAUCGACCUUUCACAAGAUCGGGUCCGUCUGCAGCUCUGCGGCUCAAUCACGUUCGAAGGCGUCGUCGGCGAGCCAGCGAGGGUGCGCGGAAUGAGCUGGAUGAUCCCCGAGAGCCAGCAGCGAUUCGGCGAUCCGAUGGACGAUCUCUCCGUGGCGACGAUCAUUUUCCUCAUUGAUGGCAAGCUGGUGCUUUUGCGGCCAAGAAAGGUCGAUAGUCACCGACCCAGCAGGCUAGAGGACUUUGACGACCCCCGCCACGACAACGACGACGAUGACGAGGAGGUGGCGUACGACAAGCAGAUCCUCGCGGACAAGAUCGAAUACUACUGGACGCACCUUCAAGGCAUCGGCACAUUGGAAAACUCGCUGUGGGGUUACGACGGGACCGGGAUCAAGCUGUGGCUUGAUGCUCUGCGCAUUCCGUCCUCCGCCCACCCAGAUGAGUCGUUUUCCGACGACGAGGAAGGGUCAACCGACCUUCCGCCCGACCGCACCAUCGAGUCCUCAGUAUUCAUGCCACUAGACUUCUACCCCUUGUGCGUGCUGCUCGAGAAAGGAAUCGUCCUCGGCGUCGAAUCCGAAGUCUCCCUUCGUCGAUCUCUCGACUUUGCUCUGUGGCGGACGACCACCAACACCCACCUGUUCCUCCACCAGAUCCUGCGCAACUACCUCGAAAAGCGCCUGCUCGAAGAAGCGGUGUUCUUCGCGGCGUCCUACCAGGAUCUGGUGUACUUUGCGCAUGCGCUCGAGAUCUUGCUCCACGCAGUGCUGGAGGAUGAGGCGGAUGCGGGGUUGGGCGAUGCUACCUACCUGCGCAAGGGGGCUGGUAGUGUGCUGUUCAAAGAGCGCAGCCCGAGCGCGCUGCUUGCCGAUGUGGCGGAGGAAUCUGCUGACGAGGCGCCGUCUCACGAUUCGCUUCGCAGAUCUCCGGUCGAAUCGGGCAUCCUACCUCUCGUAGUGGAGUUUCUGGAUCACUUCCCAAUCGCGCUCGAGGUGGUGGUUGGAUGUGCACGGAAGACGGAGGUGGCGCGGUGGGCGUAUCUGUUCGAUGUGGUGGGUCCACCUCGGGCGUUGUUCCAGAAGUGCAUCGCCGCAGACGACUUGCGGGUGGCAGGAAUGUACCUGUUGGUGCUGCACAAUCUCGAGCCGUUGGAAGUGUCGAUUGCGCACACGGUGCAGCUGCUGCGCCUGGCGGUGCAGAGACACGACUGGUCGACGUGUCAUGAUCUGCUGCGGUUCGUCGCGACCAUUGAUCCUAGUGGUUCAGCGCUGCGGUUGGCGGUGGACGAAGCUGGGAUCCUCACCGCCUCCGAUGACUCGGAAGGGAUAGUGGCGCCACGGAUGAUGCGGACGAACUCGGCCCCUCCCAUCCCCGCAAAACUCGACACGAUGGCAGAGGAGGACGAGGAGAGUCUCGAUGCCAACCCGUUCGAUCGACCCCUGCUCAAGACACAGCGUGCGAAAUCGGCCACUUUGCCCAUGCGCAACACGCCAGACGUCACGAUCAACGGCAUGGCCCUCACACCCAGUCUUGCUGCGUUGGGGAUAGGGGGAAGGCAGAGACACGGAGUAGGUCUCAGUCUCAGUCGUGUCGGAUUGCGCAGUUCGGAUCGCAUCUGGGAUAAGGAUGGGGAGAAGAGCGCGUCGACCAGUCCACGAGCUAGCAUGGCCAGUCUGCGCCGACCCUCGAACGAGAGGCGCAACUCAGAGAGGUUGGAUGAGAAGGAUGAGGAUGCGCUGGUUGGCGUCGGCUCACCCGAUUUGUAG